GUCGGCAUCUGGCUCGGCAUAAAAUCUCGCGAGAAAAAAUCUAGAGCGGGCUUUGAAAAAUGGCGGACGAAGUGGACCAGCAACAAACCACUAAUACUGUAGAAGAGCCCUUGGACCUCAUCAGACUCAGUCUUGAUGAACGAAUUUACGUGAAAAUGAGGAAUGACCGAGAACUUCGAGGCAGAUUACAUGCUUAUGACCAGCAUUUAAAUAUGAUUUUGGGUGACGUUGAAGAAACUGUGACAACAAUAGAGAUUGAUGAAGAAACCUAUGAAGAGAUUUAUAAAUCCACCAAAAGGAAUAUUCCAAUGCUCUUUGUCAGAGGAGAUGGAGUUGUACUUGUUGCUCCUCCAUUGAGGGUCGGCUGAAACCAUGAAAAAUGAUCUUUUGGAAAGUGUUGGACCUCAAGAUAUGGCUUCUUCUCCCCUUAAAUAUUAAGACUCCACGCAUAAUUUUACAGGAGACUUUCCAACCCUGACUAUGUGUUCUGAAUUCACAAGCUCAUUUGAAAAAUAAGUGAUGUAAAAGUGUUUUCCUGGAAUAAUUUAAAUACAUUGUCUUCUGUAUCAAAUCGGUGGAUUUAACUUCUUAGUUAACACAGCCACUGCACUCUUUUUUUUUUAAAUAAAAACUUGUUAUCUUA